GAAUAUGACAGAAAUAGUGUGAGAGAGUGAACAUGAGACUGCUAUAGCAGGAUGUCUUAGAGCGAGAUGAAAGAACAUUUUGGAAACUAGAGGAAGAUACGAAUAUGACAGAAUAUUGUGAGAAAGUGAACGGGAGAACGUCGACAGUGCGGGAUGUCCGGAAAUAGAACAGCCUGGUUUCUAGCCAAAAAACGUUUCGCUCGAAGUUGAUCCGAUGACCUGAGAUCGAACAGUUUUUCAGUUUUCGGGAUGUCUGCUUCCUCGAAGGCUCCUGCCGCAACGAAAAAAACGGCGGAAGAAAUUCCGUGGGACCUUUUUGACCGCUGUUUCGUUCCAGUGGUGUUUUCACAUGCGGCAGCUGUGAUCUUGUCUACCGUUCUGAAUGUGCUCUACAUCUCCCAAGUAUCUUCUUUCACACUGUUCAUUCUCUUUCUAAUCAUUUCUAUAGGAUCCACCAUCUUCUAUCACAAUUUGAAGGUAACCGCUGCAGGAAAGGCUGUGCUGAUAACUGGUUGCGAGUCGAAGAUUGGAUAUGCCAUUGCAAGACAAUUGGAUGAUUUGGGUUUCACAGUUUUCGCCGGAUUCCAAACUAAUGAAAACCUCGCCUCAAAACUGAAAGAUGAAUCAUCGGGAAGACUUCAUGUCUUGAAAUUGGACAUUACAUCUGAAUCAGACUUGCAAGACGCUUUGUCCUAUGUGAAGGAACACUUGCCUGAAAAAUCUCCUGGUCUAUGGGCACUCAUCAACAAUGUGUCUUGGGCUGCUUUUGGGGAGGUGGAGUGGGUUCCCAAAACGGUCUACCAAAAAGCUGCCGACAUGAUAUUGAGUACAAUCCGCACCACACAAGUUUUCCUGCCGCAUCUUCGCAAAACUAAAGGACGCGUUAUAAAUGUGAUCAGUAUUGUGGGUCGCAUUGCAUCUCCGGUCAGAUCCCCGUUCUGUGCGGUCAAAUUCGGCCUGGAGGCGUUCUCAGAGUGCCUGCGUUUGGAGAUGCGCAGAUGGGGCGUAGAUGUGGUAGUUGUCGAGCCUGGACACCUCACUACAGGAAAUUGGUUCGAUGACAAGCAAAUGCUGGAGGAUGCUAAGAAGAUGUGGGACUCCAUGGAUGACGGCACAAGAGAAGAUUACGGCAAGGAUUACUUCGAAUUCAAAGUCAGAACUAUGCCUGAGUACAUGAAGCAACAGGAAAGUGACCCAGUCCCCGUGAUUCGUGCCCUUGUGGACUCCGUGACUCGAUCGUUCCCUCUCCCUCGCUACACCCCCGUCACCCGCGAGGAGAAAUUGCAAUCAAUUAUUGCUCACCACUUGCCUAGAUCAGUUUAUGACAUUCUCUACUCAUAAAAAUUACUCUUUGUUGAAAAAUUAGAAAUUUCUUUAAAUUAUUUGAACCAUAUAAUGAGAUUCUCGUUAUGUCUGUGUUUGGAAAAUGUAUGUCUGUAUUAGAUUCACGUUAUAUUUGAAAAAUGGUUAAUUUUGUGUAGUAUAUGUACUGUCUAUUGCACAUAUGUUGGCCUAGUCGCUGGCCGAGCCUGGUAAUGUCCAGUCCUCAUCCAGGCAAGUGCUGCAAACCACCCAUUGGACCGACAUGUGGAUGCGACAUAAAACUGGAGCCAUUAUUCUGCCAAAAAUUGUACUCUUCAUAAUUGUAAUAGGUUCAAUAGAUCAACAUUCUGUAACUACAA